GCUGUUUGGGGCGGUAAGCUGACGGACGUGCGGCAGGCCGCGGUGAAAUCGUUCAAGACGACGCAGAAGAAGACUAAAGUGCCGUACAUGCUCAAGGAAAAAGAACUAUUCGAGCAGCAGUUCCCUGGGCGGAUCGAGAGGGAGGGGCUGAAGGUCCAAACCAAGUUCCUCGAAGGCAAGUGGAGGGAGGUCGUUGCUAUCCGACAGAUCGAGGAGGGCGCCUGGAUGCUGGAUCUGGAGGAGAUCGUUGGGGCCACGGUGGAGGAGACGCACUUGGAGGCUGGGACCGCGAUCCGCGCCAACCAAGCCCAGGAUACCUUCCAGCACUUGGCGAAGAAGGCCCGCUUCACCAAGGAGGAGCAGGAGGGCGCUGCGUCAUUCCAAGCGGCCGCUGUGCCUGAGGAAGACGAGGCGCCAAAGGCUGAGAUUGGUGAGGAGCCUGGCAGCGAUGCGGAGUCCAACGACGACGGGCUUGAUGAUCUCGCGAUGCUCACGUCCUGCGUCCUCGACGAGGCGACGGACCCUGCCAAGGCGAAGCCGACAGCGACAAAGAGUGCUGGUACAUCCAGCGGCGCCACUGGGGUGAGGGCGCAGGGCCGGCGGCCGACCACGACCGGUGGCGGUCCGCCUCCAACUCCUCCGUCUGUCAAGCGCGACAGAGUCGCUGAGGCGCUCGCAGAUGCCACUGCAGUUGCGUCUCCUCAAGAGUCCGAUGAGCUUCAGCAGGUGCGGAAGAAGUUCAGAGGGAAGACUGCAGACGAGCUUCUCGAACCCCAUGGGUGGAAACUGCUCCAGGACAGCGUGGAGAAAGCGAAGGUGAACAUGGAGGCGGCCCCCUUCAACACUCCACUCCUGGGGCCUCAACGUGACUCCUUCGAAAAAGCAAAUAAGGACAUGAGGAAGGAGAUGGGCGUCACCCAGAAGGCGAUUGUGUCAUUGGACAUCAAGACGAAGAAGUGG